AUGGAAUACGUCCCAAACCUUUCAUCCUUCUUCCGCCUUUCUACGCCGCUCUACAUCGGCACCGCCUGCGAAACGCCAACGCCUUCCCAAUCCCACCUCUCAACCCUCAACUACAAAGGCAUCAAUUCCGCCUACCUUAGCUACAACGUGCAAUGUGUGAUACGGAAGUGGAGUCGUCAAGCCGCAAGUCUCGGUCGCCGGAGCGCGACGACGACACAGUGCGUAUGGCGCCAAGAGGGCACGAAGGUCGCGGACGUUUCUGUGGGCCUUUUGGCUCUCCUCGAAGAAACCAACCCCAACCCUUGGACGCCAUCGGCUGUGCCAACACGAGCUGCGGCGGAAGUGCCGCUGCCAGACGCAUCAUCUGCGGGUGCGAGUGCACCUGGUGACGUGGACAUGGGCGACGACGAGCCCGUGAAAGUACUGAACGCGCCGGCUUUACCGUUGCCGCCCUCUUUCAAGGGGUCGACGAAAGCGGAGCGUCGUGCGUUUAUGCGAUAA